AUGGACCCGUGGCUGCAGAUGACUCAGCGCCGCCUGGCCUUCGCCGCCCUGCCGGGCACCGGGGCGGCGGCGGCGGCCGCCGUGGCCCGUCGGAACGAGCGGGAGCGCAACCGCGUGCGGCUCGUCAACCUGGGCUUCGCCGCCCUCCGCCAGCACGUCCCGCACGGCGCCGCCAGCAAGAAGAUGAGCAAGGUGGAGACCCUGCGCUCCGCCGUCGAGUACAUCCGCGCCCUGCAGCGGCUCCUCGACGAGCACGACGCCGCCGCCUCUUUCCCCGACGGCCGCGGGCGGGUGGCCGUCGGCGAAGUCGGCGGCGGCGGCUACUCCUCCGCUUCUCCCUCCUUCGCCUCCUCCGCGCCCGGCUCGCCGUGCUCCUCCGAGGAGAGCGGCUACGACGCGGCGCUCAGCCCCGAGGAGCGGGAGCUGCUGGACUUCACCAGCUGGCUGGGCAGCUACUGACACGGCGGGAGGUGAGGGGCAGCGGAGGGGACGGGGCACCGCUCCUCCCCCGGCGCUCGGGGCACGAACCCACCGGGGCUCUCCUCACGUCUCUCCGCAGCCGCGCUCAGCCCGCAGCACAUCGGCGCCCGCGGUCUCGGCGGCGGCAGCAGCAUCCCCCGAAAGUACCGACCCCGAAAGUACCGAUCUGGCCCCGCUGGCUGCUUUUCUCGCCGGGUUCUGCCGUCGUCUUCUGGUUGUGGAAAGUGCAAUGGGGUAGUUGACUGCGGGGUCCCGCUCCUUGCGCGGCGACAGCGGCUCCGCCUGCCCGCCAGGAGCUGCCGACCCACGGAGAGGAUGCCCCAGCGAAGCUGCUUUCCCCCGCCGCUGCUGUCUGGUGUUGCUUUGGAGGGGUGGAAACGGGAAAAACAAAAAAGACACUAGAAACUCUUGAUGCUUCCUUGUUUCUGGAGGGGGAGGGAAUUUUUUAUCAUGUCAGAUUCUAUUUUAUAUGUAACUUGAACUGCCUAUAGGGACACUGGUGUAUGAAGACUUAUUUUUGUACAACAAACCUUAGAGAAAAGGGAUGAGAUGGUUCUAUUUUUAGCAGGUCCUAUCCACUUGUUCUUGAACACUACCAACUGCAAUGUUUUGGGAACAUACACGUUAUAGAUGCAAAGGUUUUUGUUUUUGUCUUUUUUUUUUUUUUUUAAUUAUUCUCUCCAAACACUUUGGUAAAAGACUGUAAACUUAUGUUGUGUUUUAACGUGGUGUCUGAGUUUGCCUGGUGUGAAGGUCCACCUCUCUGAAAACUGAAGUUUUAAAAAAAAAUGUAUUGAAGGCAUUUUUGUAUGCACUUGCU